AGUGUGUUUGUGUGAGAUACUGGUACCAGACACAUGAACACAGGUGUGAGAGACAGACAUAGAAAAACAAUAAGAGAAGUAGAAAAAGACAGUAGAGGAUAAGUGGACAGUGUUAGAGAGAGUCAGAGAAACGGAGAGUAAAAGAGAGAGAAAGAUAGAAAAGGACAUUCACUUGGACUUAGAUAUCUUCCCUGGACUAAACACUGAACAAAGGAUAACCGACACGACUGACCAGCCAGGCUUCCCACACCUGAACAUUGUACCUGCAGGAGAGCCAGGAAGAGAAACAGAGGUGCUCACCAAUCAGGACAACGCUCCUUCCUGGCCCUAUCAUAACAAGAUGCGAAGACGCUCCUCCAAGUCGGGGGUCUCAAAGCCCAAGACUUGCAAACCCCAAGGUGUGUCUCACCUGUUGUCGGAGGAGCGGCCCCGGGCGUCCUCCUUGGUGUCCCAGCCACCCCCCUACACCGCAGCCCUGUCCCGACGGAGGUUCACCCUGACCGGGGCACAUGACGGAGACAACCUGCUGUGUGACCAAGGACCUCUGGCUGGCAGGUUGCCACUUGCUCAUAGCUUCCUGUCUGAGGAGCAGUUCCAGUGUGCCAUUUGUCUGGAGAUCUUCGUAAACCCCGCCUCCACUCCGUGUGGCCACUCCUUCUGUAUGGCCUGUAUAGGGAAAUACUGGGACGGGGCUAAACUCUGCCAGUGUCCCCUUUGUAAAGAGACCUUUAAGAAACGCCCAGACCUCCAAAUCAACCGGACCCUCAGGGAGAUCACGGAGCAGUUCAAAUCCAUGUCCGCUGUGUCUCGGAUUUGCACCGCGAGCCGCAGGGGAUCCCUGGGAACUGAGGGUGGAGGAGGUGGAGGAGGAGGAGAGGAAGGAGGAGGAGGAGGAGUGAAGGACACGGACCAUCAGGAGAACAAUAUUCUGUGCUUAGAGAAGUGGACGGACAGUAAGACCCAGAUGAAUGUGAUGGAGGCUGAGAUUCAUAAGCUGAUUCUACAGAGGCAGCAGAAGAUGGAUGAGAUCAGGUCAUCGCUGGCUCAGCUACAGCUGGCGGUGGAACAGGAGUCAGACGCCAGCACGCGUGUCUACAGGGACUUGGUGUGUGCCGUGGAGAAGUCACAGGCGGAGCUCCAGGAGGUUAUCGAGAUAAAUAGGCGGGCCGCGGAGCACCAGGCAGAGAUUGCGAUUCGUCAGCUGGAACAGGAAGUGGCUGAGCUGAGGAGGAGAAGCCACACCCUCUCACAGCUGGCCCAAUCUGACGACUAUGGAAACUACAUACAGAGCUACCCCAGUCUCUGCACCCCUCCACCAAUCAGAGACUGGUCCGGGGUGUCAGUGAACACUGACUUGGAAACAGGACCCGUCUACAAGUCGCUGUCUGUUCUGGUCCAACAUUUCCAGGAGGAACUGGCCAGGAUGGCCGAGUUCGGUGUUCCAGCUCCGGUGGUGACUUCUGUAGUUCAGCAGCCCAUGGUGAAGAAGGUUCAGCAGUAUGCAGUGGAUGUGACUCUGGACUCAAGCACCGCCCACCCCAGGCUCGUCCUAUCAGAAGACAAGAAGAAGGUGAAAUGCGGGGACCGCCACCAGCUGCUGCCCGAUAACCCUGAGAGGUUUGAUCGCGUUGUGUGUGUUCUGGGAAAAGAAGGCAUCUCCUCUGGAAGACACUAUUGGGAGGUGGAGGUGGGCGGGAAGACCGACUGGGAUCUGGGCGUGGCCAGCCACUCAAUCACCAGGAAGGGGAAGAUUACGGUUAAUCCCAGCAACGGGUACUGGUUCCUCAGCCUGCGAGACAAACACAACUACGUGUUCCGAACGGAACCGACCACGGAGCUGCCCAUCAACAUCCGGCCCCAGAAGAUCGGUGUCUUUGUGGAUUAUGAGAAGGGCCAGAUAUCAUUCUACAACGUUGAGGCUAAGCUCCACAUCUACACCUUCACGGACACGUUCUGUGAAUUCAUCUACCCCUUCUUCAGUCCAUGCACCAACCAGUCAGGCAAGAAUGAUGGACACCUCAUCAUCACACCUGUUCUCAAGUGACUACGCCACCAAGCUUGGAACGGAUCCAGAACCCAGAACAACACGCACGCAUCACACACAAACAGACAUUCAUAAUUAUGCACAGAUGGGUACACACACACACACACACACACACACACACACAAAAGCAUGGAACACACCAGCUCACAAAUGAAGCUACAUCUGAUAUUACUUUCUAACAUGAUAUUUCCAAUUGACUUUGAAACCAACUUAAAGGUGCAGGUAAUUCAGUGCUUUCUAUACAUUACUGGUUUUCCAUUACAUCUUCUGCUGAUUUUCUAAGGGAACAUAUUUUAUGUAGAAUAUACUGUAAAUAUACCAUAAAAAUGUAAUUUGCCUUGACGAAACUUGGAUGGAAAUACAAAUGCGUUCUUAUCCAGGAACUGUGAAAUGAUUGAAGACCUCACAAUAAACAUUUUCUGAAUAUGGA